UACCGUAUGAAGCCGCUCUCAAUUUACCAGAGCACUGAAGCAAAGAGGGUAGGAGAGGAUACGAGUAAAAGAGAAGAAAGACUAAAAUGGCCAAGUCCUUCACGCUCAACACCGGUGCCCAGAUGCCCUCAGUAGGGCUCGGGACAUGGCAGGCCAAACCCGGAGUGGUCGGAGAAGCCGUCGCCUUCGCUAUCAAGGCUGGCUACAGACAUAUCGAUUGUGCUAGGAUUUACGGAAAUGAGAAAGAGAUUGGGUUGUCUUUGAAAAAGUUAUUUGAUGAUGGUGUUGUGAAGCGUGAAGAUUUGUUCAUUACAUCAAAGCUCUGGUGUGAUAGCCAUGAUCCAGAAGAUGUAGCAAAGGAAAUAGAUUCAACUUUGAAAGAUCUACAGCUCGAUUAUGUGGAUCUUUACUUGAUACAUUGGCCAUUCCGACUCAAGAAGGGGUCAAGUUUAAGCAGCGAAAACGUUAUCCAAUCCGACAUACCCAACACAUGGAGCGCAAUGGAGAAGCUCUAUGAUUCUGGAAAGGCUCGUGCUGUCGGUGUGAGCAACUUUUCUACCAAGAAGUUGCAGGAUUUGCUGAGCUUUGCACGCAUUCCACCUGCUGUCAACCAGGUGGAAUGCCAUCCCGUCUGGCAACAGACCAAGCUUCGUUCCUUCUGCCAAUCCAAUGGAGUUCACCUCUCGGCAUAUUCUCCACUGGGAUCCCCGGGGACCAGAUGGAUAGAAGGAAAUGUGCUUGCAAACUCUGUUAUUACCGAGGUUGCCCAGAAAUUAGGGAAGACUGCUGCGCAAGUAGCUCUUCGUUGGGGAAUCCAAGCUGGUAACAGCGUACUGCCAAAGAGCACUACAGAAUCAAGAAUACUAGAAAACUUUGACGUGUUCGAUUGGUCUAUACCUGCUGAUCUGCUAGGAAAGUUCUCCUCCAUUCCACAGACAAGGUUAAUCAGAGCAGAUUUCUUUGUCAGCCCUCAAGGCUUGUACAAAAGUGUGGAAGAGAUUUGGGAUGGCGAGAUAUGAUAAAGUGACUGCUAUCAUUUUCCAGCUAUCAUUUUCUAUAUAACAAUUUUCAUGGCUCUUUUUUCUGUUCCGUCUCCGAUUUCUGAAUAAUUUGGCAUUGAUGCCACUGCUCCCAUAGAACCAAACUGUCUGCUUGCAUUAGUAAAAAAAAUUUGCGUGUUGUUUUCACUGUUUUAUUGAUUUUGCAGUCUGUUGAGUUGCACAUCCAAGCAUGAUUUCCAGUCUCAUUUUUAUUUUGAAA